AUGUCGCUGCAAGACAGCUCAUCAUAUAACGAGCGACUCAUUUCCAUCGUUAAAGGAGAAACCUUGCCUGCAGAGGACUCUCCCAUCGAGAAGAUUGUUCUCGAAAUUUGGCAACAGAUGAGGGCCAUUGACAAGCCCCUCUCAGAUGAUGUUGAAGUGCCCACCUUUGAAUUUUGGCGCUCCCAGAAUGCCGAAGCUCGGCUAGCGAAGAAGAGCAUUGCAGAGUACCUGGAGUAUCGAGAGCUUGACGUUGCUUCGCAGCUCCUUCUGGCUUUGCAACGCUUCUCACAGGGCAUCACCGUCACGAAGGAAGAACUAGCCUCCGUGUCUGAAAUCGAGCUAAACUACACGCAUCACAUCUCUGUCAUCAACGACAUUUUGAGUUGGGACAAGGAAUACCGUGCGUCCAAAGACAUCAACGCCGAAGGAUCCAUCGUGUCCAACAUUGUGCAGGUUUUAGCCAACGAAACAGGCUUGGACUACGAUGGGUCGAAACGAGUUUUGUGGACCAUGUGUCGUGAAUGGGAACGAAACCAUGCGGAUCUUGUUGCCAAGAGGCUGGAAGAAGGAUGUUCUGAUUCUUUGAAGGAGUACCUGGAGGGAAUCGAGUUGCAGAUGUGUGGUAACGAGCUGUGGAGUCGGACUACCUUCCGGUACAAUGCCCCCGGCUUGAAUUAG